CCCAGUCUCUCUCACACUGCCAGUCCGCCUGUGCAUGUUGCGUGUCACCGCACUGGUUCCACUUGGCACAGGACCUGCUAGCCUGUUGCCGCCUCAAGAGAAGAAAAGUUGGGCAAACAGGUGGGGAGACCAGAGCUCAAACCUCAGGUUCCCUCCCCACCCCCAUGCCAGGCGGGCACUCAGGCCCUGGCUCCUGCUGCCUGCCCAGAGGCCACCGAGCCUCCUAGACAGGUGUUGGACAUGGAGGAGCUGACCAUCUGGGAACAGCACACGGCCACCCUCUGCAAGGACCCCCGUCGGGGCUUCGGCAUUGCAAUCUCUGGCGGCCGAGACCGGCCCAGCGGUUCUGUGGUUGUGUCUGAUGUGGUGCCUGGAGGGCCGGCUGAGGGCAGGUUGCAGACAGGGGACCAGAUCGUCAUGGUGAACGGGGUGUCCAUGGAGAACGUCAAUUCCACCUUCGCUAUUCAGAUCCUGAAGACCUGUGCCAAGAUGGCCAACAUCACAGUGAAACGUCCCCGGAAAAUCCAGCUGCCUGCCACCAAGGCCAGCCCCCAUGGCCCAGGACACCAAGACUCAGAUGAGGAGGAUGGGCCCUGCAGGCUCGAGGAGGCUGACCAUGGCCGGGGCUAUGAGGGUGACACAUCCAGUGGCUCCGGCCACUCCUUGAGCGAGCGCUCUCACCGGCCUAGGGCAGGCCGCCGGAGCUGGGCCAGCAGCCAUGGGCGCAGGAGCCCGGGCGGCAGCUCCCAGGCCAACGGGCUGGCCCUGGUGUCCGGCUUUAAGCGGCUGCCACGGCAGGACGUGCACAUGAGGCCAACUAAGUCGGUGCUGGUACGGAGGAGGGAGAGUGAAGAGUUCGGGGUCAAACUGGGCAGUCAGAUCUUCAUCAAGCACAUCACGGAUUCAGGCCUGGCUGCCCGGAACCGGGGGCUACAGGAAGGAGACCUCAUCCUACAGAUCAAUGGGGUAUCUAGCAAGGACCUGUCGCUGAGCGACACGCGGCAGCUGAUUGAGAAGUCGGAAGGGAAGCUGACUCUGCUCGUGCUCAGGGACCGCAAGCAGUUCCUGGUGAAUAUCCCGCCGGCCGUCAGCGACAGCGACAGCUCCCUCCUGGAGGACAUCUCAGACCUCGGCUCAGAGCUAUCUCAGGCACCACCAUCCCAUGUCCCACCGCCACCCCAGCACAGGCAGUGGAGUCCUGAUGACAGCCGCACCAACUCUCCCGCGGAGAGCCCUCAGCUUCGGCGGGAAAGUUCAGUGGAUUCCAGAACUGUCUCGGAACCAGACACCCCCAGGCAAAGCAGCUAUGACAUCUACAGGGUACCCAGCAGUCAGAGCAUGGAGGACCGUGGAUACAGCCCUGACUCACGGGUGGUCCGCUUCUUCAAGAGCACCACCAGCAUUGGGCUGCGGCUAGCCGGAGGCAAUGACGUGGGCAUCUUUGUGUCAGGGGUACAAGCGGGCAGCCCAGCUGAGAACCAGGGCAUCCAGGAGGGAGAUCAGAUUCUGCAGGUGAACAACAUGCCCUUCCGGAACCUGACUCGCGAGGAGGCUGUGCAGGUCCUCCUGGGGCUGCCACUGGGCAAGGAGGUGGAGCUGGUGAUGCAGCGAAAGCAGGACAUCUUCCGGAAAAUGGUGCAGUCCCGCGUGGGUGACUCCUUCUACAUCCGCACACACUUUGAGCUGGAGCCCAGCCCGCCCUAUGGCCUGGGCUUCACCCGCGGCGACGUCUUCCAUGUGCUGGACACGCUGUACCCGGGCCCAGGGCAGAGCCAAGCCCGUGAAGGCCACUGGCUGGCGGUGCGCAUGGGUCGUGACCUCCGGAAGCAGGAGCGCGGCAUCAUCCCCAACCAGAGGAGGGCGGAGCAGCUGGCCAGUCUGGAGGCUGCCCAGCGGGCCGUGGGGGCUGGGCCUGGAGCCUCAGCGGGCUCCAGCCGGCGGGCUGAGUUCUGGCGGCUGCGGGGUCUUCGUCAGGGAGCCAAGAAGACCACCCAUCGGAGCCGUGAGGACCUGUCGGAUCUGACCAGGCAGGGUCACUACCCACCGUAUGAACGCGUGGUGCUGCGAGAAGCCAAUUUCAAGCGCCCAGUGGUGAUCCUGGGACCAGUGGCAGACAUUGCUAUGCAGAAGCUGAGUGCUGAGAUGCCUGACCAGUUUGAAAUUGCAGAGAGCGUGUUGAGGAAUGACAGCCCCUCCAAGAUCAUCAAACUGGACACCGUGCGGGUGAUCGCGGAGAAAGACAAGCACGCACUCCUAGAUGUGACACCCUCGGCAGUUGAGCGCCUCAACUACGUGCAGUACUACCCCAUUGUAAUCUUCUGCACCCCCGAGAGCCGCAAGAGCCUCAAGGCACUGCGCCAAUGGCUGGCUCCUGCCUCCCACCGCAGCACCCGCCGCCUCUAUGCUCAAGCCCAGAAGCUGUGGAAGCACAGCGACCACCUUUUCACAGCCACCAUCCCUCUGCGUGGCAUGAGUGACAGCUGGUACCAGGAGCUCAAGGCCAUCAUCCGCGAGCAGCAGACACGGCCCAUCUGGACAGCUGAGGACCAGCUGGAUGGCUCCUUGGAGGACAACCUGGACCUCCCUCACCAUGGCCUGGCUGACAGCUCCGCUGAACUGAGCUGUGACAGCCGCGUCAACAGCGACUAUGAGACGGAUGGUGAGGGCUACACGGACGGUGAGGGUGGGCCCCACACAGAAGUGGACGAGGGGCCCCUGAUGCCUGCCCUGGCCAGGUCCUCCGAGCCUGUGAUGGCAGACGAGACCCAAAGACAGAGGGAUCAUCAUGGAAGAUCCUCAGGUCACCAAGGGGCCCAGGAGGACAGCCGCCACCCACAGGGUCAGUGGCGACAAGACAGCAUGCGGACAUAUGAGCGAGAAGCUCUGAGGAAAAAGUUUACACGAGCCAGAGAUGUGGAGUCCUCCGAUGAAGAUGGCUAUGGCUGGGGCCCAGCCACUGACCUGUGAUCCCCUCCCACGUGGCCAGCUGGGCCAUCCUCCCUUUUCUUCCCUGGAGCUGGGACUCAGUUUCCCAUAUAGAACCUCAAACCCUGCCUCCCUCCACCUGGUCUUUAAUAAAUAUUUUCACA